CUCCUCUCUUCUACUACUCGGCCUUCUCUGUCUGCUGGCUGGUCCAUCUCGACUAUUCCACCCCCACGUCGUGUGUCACCUUCAUCCCCCGCCCUCGGAUUUCUCACCGGCGAAAAAUAUUGUGUGCCCCGUUUCCGGCUUGUGACAAGUGCGGCUGGAUAGGCAACAUCUCAGCCUCCACGAUUGCAGCUACAACUCGCGAGAAUUUGUACAUCGACGCAUGGUGCUGGAAUCCCUCUACCUCUGUGUGAGAGCACACUCGUUGAUUUCAACCACGCUCUCCCUCCAACUCACAGCCCGACUUCUACCUGGCUGUGUGCCAGCCCUCAGCCAAGAUGUCUCACGGUAAAAUGACCCUCUACAAGCUGGUGGUGCUAGGAGACGGAGGCGUGGGCAAGACUGCCUUGACAAUCCAGCUCUGCCUCAACCACUUUGUCGAAACCUACGACCCGACCAUCGAAGACUCCUACCGCAAACAAGUCCAAAUCGACAACCAAGCCUGCAUGCUCGAAGUCCUCGACACGGCGGGGCAAGAAGAAUACACCGCGCUCCGCGACCAAUGGAUCCGCGACGGCGAGGGCUUCGUCCUCGUCUACAGCAUCUCGAGCCGCGCCUCCUUCACCCGCAUCAAGCAAUUCCACCACCAAAUCCAGCGCGUCAAGGAGUCCGCCGCCCUCGGCUCCCCCACCUACCCCGGCUCGCCCAUCUCCGCCGCCUCCAUCCCCGUCCCCUCCGGCCCCGCCCCCGUCAUGCUCGUCGGCAACAAGUGCGACCGCGUGACGGAGCGCGAGGUCUCGGUGCAAGAAGGCAGCGCGCUGGCCAAAGAGCUACGGUGUGAUUUUGUCGAGGCGUCGGCCAAGAACUGCACGAAUGUGGAAAAGGCGUUUUACGAUGUCGUGCGGCAGCUGCGGCGGCAGAGGGCCAAUGGGCCUGCGUCGCGCGGUGGUGUGGGUGGAAAUAAUCAUAAUCAUCACCAUCAGCUUGCGGGCGGCUUACCGGAAGCGUCGAUUUAUACGUCGCGCACGCUAAGGCCGGCGAGAGGGGGAUAUGGGAUGAAUGAGAAGGAGGGCGAUCGGAAGCGGUAUAGGCGGGAGAAGAAGUCGAGUAAAUGCGUCAUUUUGUGAAGGAGGUGCGUGCAAUGUGGGUGAAUAUUCGACCGAUAUAGGCGGCGGCUUUGAGGGGCAGAGGAAGGCUGCGAGACUAUUCGUGUCGUGCCCUUUGGCCGGCUCACGAGCUUCACGAGAAGGAGAAGCUGGAAGAGACGGGUGAAGGCUGGUGUGUACGCACCACACGCAGUGACCGCCACCAAGACAGAAGGACGAGGGU